UAAUAAGAGGCGAACGAGAGGAAGAGAGUUUAGUUGUGAAGAGGCGGUCGUGAGGGGAAGGUGUGCGCUCCUGUCUGUCCGUCUGUCUGUCUGUCUGCCUGUCUGUCUGUCUACCUGGGCGUCGCUUCCAACAGCACACAAUGGCGAGAAACCGCUCCCCGACCUUCCUAACUGCCUUCCUAACUACGGUCCUAACUGCUGCUUCACUGGGGCUCCUGUGUUCCCAAGAAGUGGCGGGACAAGUUAGGAACGAUGUGUGUUUUCCUGGCGAGGGACAGUUUGUACAGCUGCCACCUGAUCCUAACUUCAUUCCUAACGUCCAGAGAUUCACCUAUAACAUGUUUGACAAGAUCUCGAGUCAUGAAGGAGAGAGGAGUGUGAUGCUGUCGCCUUACAGUGUGUGGAGUGUGUUGUCUCUGGCUUACUUCGGCGCCCUUGGCAACACACAGCGGGAGUUAGAGAGCGUCCUGGGUUUCGUCAACAAGACACACACUCUCUCUAACUGGAACGCACUCAGAUUCUUCUUGGAGGGAGGUUCUGGGGGCGCCACCCUCAAUGUUGCCAACAGCGGUUAUUUCUCAAACUCUCUUGACCUGAAUCGCUGUUUGACCUCACGCCUGUUUGACCUCCAGGUGGUGGACUUCACGAAGAACGAGGUCGCACGUCAAGCCAUCAACAGGGACGUCAACACCACCACGCAAGGUCGGAUAUCCGAGCUCAUCACCUUCUUACCUCAGAAUACCCGGUUUGUCUUGAUCAACGCCAUUUUCUUCAAAGGCAUGUGGGAGACGGAAUUUGACCCUGAAUUGACCCAGCCUCAUGAGUUCCUGGUCCCCCCUGGCGUGUCCUCAGGGUCCGUGCCAAUGAUGAACAGGGUCGACUCAAUUGUGGCUGGCCAAGCAGAAGGUCUGGACGCAAUGAUGGUGGAACUCCCUUAUAAAGAUUCUAAUGUGUCUAUGUACCUCCUGCUUCCCAAUGACCCUAUGGCCCCGACCACCACCCUCACCUCCAGGCUCAACCCCACCACCUUCGCCACCGCAGUCCGAGGCCUUCCCAAGCACAAGGCCUAUGUACAGUUGACAAUGCCUAAAUUCAAGCUGACAGCACGAUAUGAAGAGGAGCUUAAGCAGGCUCUCUCAUCUCUGGGGGUCAAGUCGCUGUUUGACCCACGAAGAGUUGACCUGACUGGCUUCUCUGUCACCAGUCCGCCCUUGUUUGUUGACACGGCCAUUCACCAAGCCACUGUGGAGGUCAAUGAAGAGGGGACAGUGGCUGCGGCUGCUACUGCCCUCAUCGACACCCGCAUAGGCCCACAGACGCCCAUGCCCAUUGUUUUCAAUAGGCCUUUCGUCUUCAUGAUCGUGGAGAAGAGGACGCAGAUUCCUUUGUUUGUCGGAAAGGUCACCUCUGCCGCUGAUCUCGAAGCACUGUGAGGAGGAGGAGGAGGAGGAGGAGGAGGAAGAGGAAGAGGAAGAGGAAGAGGAAGAGGAAGAGGAAGAGGAGGAGGAGGAGGAGGAGGAGGAGUGGUUGUUUUGGUAAGAUUUCAAUAUUUUGGAUUUGUUAAAAAGAGAGAGAGAGAGAGAGAGAGAGAGAGAGAGAGAGAGAGAGAGAGAGAAUAUCAACAUACUCUCACUCUCUCUCUCUCUCUAUCUAUCUAUCUAUCAAACAAUGUCCGUCUGUGUGUGCAUCUGUGUCUGUAUGUGCGUGUGUCUGUCUCACAAUCACAAACACCAAGAUUACUUAACUACACAAAAUAGGGAAUUAUAUAUAUGUAACUAGGUAUUAUUACAAGUUUUAUUAGUAAUUGUCACUGGAUAUGUAACAAAAAUAAUAAUAAUAAUAAUAAUAAUAAUAAU